AUGGCCGACGCAAUGAAUGCCACCCCCCAGAGUAUGGAGUGUCCUGUUUGUAUUUCUAUCUACACCGAUCCCAAGAUUCUGUCUUGUUCUCACACUAUCUGCAAGACUUGCCUGGACAAGCUCUUGGGGUGCCAUGGUAACUGUCAGAUCCGAUGCCCUUUCUGCAGAGCUGUAACUCAGGUCCCAAACGAAGAUGUUGGCAAACUACAGUCAAAUCUUGCUUUGAUGAAUAUGAUAGAGGACAUGAAGUGUCAUCAGGAGCCUGUCUUGAUUUGUGGAUACAAUGGCAAGCCCAGUGAUCUUGUUUACCUCCAAAGCUGUGGAAAGUAUGUUUGCACCACUUGUCUUAGAGCGCCCCUUGAAGACUUCAGCGGUCAUGGCGUCAGAACUAUAUCAAAAAUAUCACGCAGAUACUGUAAAUGCAGAAAGCAUCCGGAGGAAGAUGAGAAGUGUUUCUGUUCUAGCUGCAGGAGAUUCAUAUGCUUAAGAUGUGUUGAUAUAGAACAUAAAGACGAAGGGCACCAGGUCAUCGAGGCAACUGCUUAUGAGAGCAGACACAUGAAAAGUAUUGAGGACCUGAAAUCAAAGGUGGACAAGAAACGGUCAUGCUUACAGAAGUACAUUGAUUUCAUAGACAAACAGAUGAAGAGCGUUGACAACGCUAAGAAACAGUGUACCAGUGACAUCAACAAAGCAUACAAAGAAGCAGUCCGGCAGUUGACAGAGAAGAGAGAUAGCCUACUAAGAGAAGUCGAUGACAGGACUGAAGGAGUAGAGAAAGAAAUGGAAUGCAUGAAGACCACGGCUAAGAAGCAAAUCAAUCAGUUGACGACCAUUGCUGAGAUGGUAACCAAAAGAACAAAGAUACCGUUUGAUAUGGAUACUCUGGCUGCACACGACACUCUAUGUGAAGAGUUACGGGAGAUCAUUGAUCAAAAGAAUCCUGACUACGAGCAGCCGAGGAAAUUACGCAAUAAGGGGAAAAGUGUAAGUUUUGAGAGAAGCAUUGGAGGGGAUGAGCUAUGCCUUGGGAAGAUUGUCAAUGAAGUUAAAAGGAAGAUGGCUUUCUCAGCUUAUAAGGUUUUACGUGUAAGCAACUUUGCUUUGCCUUCUAAGGAUAGCAUGAACACCAUGGUAAAUACGCCAGAUGGUAGGAUUGCAUUAGGAUGUCACACAGGGGGCGUGAAUAUCUUCUCUGCAGGUGGUAUGCUCCAGCAGACAGUUCUGAAGGAUCGAAAGGUUCGUGGGAUAGGGUUCCUCUCUGAUCGUCAUUGUGUAGUCAUCGAUACUUCAAACAGUAUUACACUGUACACACCAUAUUAA